GAAAUGGAGGAAGGAAACCAGUCUGUGGUGUCUGAGUUUAUUUUCCAGGGGCUUUGUGCCUCCAAGGAGCUGCAGAUCUUCCUCCUUCUGACAUUUUCUACACUCUACCUGCUGACUGUCGUGGGUAAUCUCUUCGUGGUGCUGCUGAUCAUCAGGGACCACCAUCUCCACUCGCCCAUGUACUUCCUGUUAGCUAAUCUCUCCUUUGUUGACUUCUGCCUCUCCUCAGUAACCACACCCAAGCUGACCACAGACCUCCUGCAGGAGAAUAAGACCAUUUCCUUUGGGGGCUGCAUGAGCCAGAUACUGGGUGUGCAUUUCUUUGGAGGGGCUGAGAUGACAAUUCUUGUGACAAUGGGUUAUGACCGCUAUGUGGCCAUCUGCAAGCCACUCCAUUACUCCAGCAUCAUGGACAGGCAAAAGUGCAUCUGGUUAGUUUGGAUAGCAUGGAUCAUUGGCUUUUUGCAUUCUCUAAUUCAAAUGGUCACAAUUGUGGGUUUGCCCUUCUGUGGACCCAGAGUAGUAGACAGCUUCUUCUGUGACAUUCCCUUGGUUAUGAAAUUAGCCUGUAUGGAAACUGACACUUUGGGAAGGGUGAUAAAUACUAACAGUGGCAUUUAUGCCACAACUUGCUUCAUUCUGUUGAUGAUCUCCUACACUUACAUCCUAUUAACUGUCUUCCUUCGUUCUAAAGACGGUGCAUCAAAGGCACUCUCUACCUGUACCUCCCACAUUGUUGUGGUGGUAUUGUUCUUUGGACCCUGCAUUGUCAUCUUUUUAGGGUCAGUCAACAUCACCUGGGUGGACAAGUUUCUGUCCGUGGUUUAUACACUCAUCACACCUGUCCUCAACCCAGCCAUCUACACACUGCGAAAUAAAGAGAUUAAGAAUGCCAUAAAGAGGUUGUGGGCAUCGCUAUCAAACAUGAAACCCUAA